CUUGCGAAUGACUUGAAAUUAAUGGGACACUAAGAUAUUACCAAAAAUGGAAAUUAACAAGAAAUCCUUUUCUAGAGCAAAACUUAUUUAUUAUUUUCUUAUUAAUGUUCAUUAGUAUAUAUCCUAUUUAUGUUUUACUUGUGUUUCUGUCGUAUGAUUAUUUUUUCUCUACUGACACAAAGUUCUAAGUCCUUGUUUUCUAACAAACAACUUGAAUAGAUUAUUCGAGUCGAGGAAGUUUAGUUAAUUCAUUGUAAUUUUUUUUUUUAGUUUUCUUUUACACGGAAUAUUUUUGAGAAUUUCGAGCAGGAAGCUCGAAUAGUGAAAUCGUGGUUGCGUUAAGAAGAACGUCCAUCUUGUUGGAAAAACUGUCGCUGAUUUCUAACUUCUCAGGUAUCAAUUCAUUCAUAUUUGACACUUCUCAAGAUGGAAAAUGUAAAUAAUUUCCGAGUUCAAGAAAAGCGAUAUAAAUGUCCAGGUGAUCUUGUACCAGACUUAUCAGAAGUGUUAGAUACAAGGGAUCCAAACUCUUAUGGUUACAAUAACCUACAAGCUGUACGUCCGGAUGUUUUCACAUACUCCAAGGUUCCUGGGUUAAUUAUACUGAAGGAUUGCGUUUCCCCGGACUUGCAGAAAUAUUUACUAAAAGAAAUCAUGUUCGAACAAUUACAGGAUUCUAAAAACAAGACUAAUUUGUCCCCUUUCUAUAAAUUACCCUUGGAAACGGACAGUAUUUGGAGACGGUACCACGAUGGUAGAGAGUGUGAUCUCAUAGAGGGAAUCCCUCCUACAAAACCUGCUACGGUAGAAAGACUUAUUCAAAAAAAACUUCGUUGGGUCACCCUUGGUGAACAAUAUGACUGGACAGAAAAGGUGUAUCCCGACCCAGCGUUGUCUCCUCCUUUCCCAACAAGGCUGGCGAGUUUCGUCGAAGAUCUCGUGCAAAGCUACACAGACUAUCCUAAAUGGAAAGCCGAAGCUGCCAUCGUAAACUUCUACUCUCCCAGUGACACACUUAGCGCUCAUGUUGACAGAUCCGAAGAGGACCUAACACUUCCUCUCAUUUCCCUUUCUAUAGGACUAGACUGUAUUUACUUGAUUGGAGGAUCAAGUCGCUCUGAGGUUCCAAUGGCUUUAAGAUUGCAUAGCGGGGAUGUUGUGAUUAUGACAGGACCUUCAAGACAAGCAUUCCAUGCUGUGCCCAAGAUUCUUGCAUCAACGAUCCCAUCUUAUCUUUUAACAGAAAGCGAUCAAUGGAACCGUUGGAUUCAGACUAAACGUGUUAAUUUUAAUAUUCGUCAAGUACGAAACUCAUAGACUUCACAACUUGGUACUAUAUAAGUACCUUUAUUUUAUUUUUUUGGGUUUGGGAAUUAGAAAAGGGUUAUCUUUUUUUGUUUUAUUUUUUAGUGCUCUAUGAAGAGCGUAUUGUCAUUUGUCGUAGAGAAUGAUGAUUUUGUAUAGACAAUAGAAGUUAGUAUUCUUUUAACAGAUAUUGUUUCCUUUUAGAUUUUUUCAAUAAUUUCAAUCCUUUUUAUUUUAUUUUAUAUUUUAUUGAUUUUUGAUAG